CGGAAAAUUAUCAACGAAAUGGCCAUCCAUCUCCGCCCAGCCUCAGAAGCCGAUCUGUCUAUCAUCGUCGACGUCUCAACAGCCGCCUUCCCACCAAGUGUAGACGCUAUUGCGCGACACCUCUUCCCGGGAGACCUGCACUACUCAGAGGAUGUACGCCAAGCAAGAAUAGCGCGCAAAUCAGUCAAGUUUCAGAUGAACAGUACUCGCAUCAUGGUCGCUGUUGAUGAUGCGUCGGAUGGGAAGAUUGUAGGGUAUUCAAUUUGGGAGGUGCCGGUUGCAGGGGGUGAUGAUAAGAAUGAUGAUGAUGGGGAAAUAAUUUUACCGCCUUUGGCUCAGGAAGGGUCGGAUAGAGCUCCGUUUAUGGAGUUGAGACGUAUACUUGAGGAUGAUGUAAGGGAACAAUUUGGAGAUGAAGGGACGAAAGGUGUAUGGACCCUCGAUUCUCUAGGUGUUCACCCCAAUCAUCAAAAAAGGGGAAUUGGGAGGAUGUUACUCGAUUGGGGUGUCGAGGAAGCAGCUAAACACGGCAAGGGUUGCUACUUGGUUGCUACUCCGGCGGGGUUACCGUUGUAUAGGGCAGCUGGGUUUGAGGAUGUCAAGGUUUUGGAUAUUUUCGGUACUCCGCAUGUUUCGAUGAGGAGGAGGAUUUUUAAGGUUGAAUAGGAUAGAAAAAGGAUUGGUGUUGAAAUGAUGAUACUACAUAUUCAAGGAUAUUCAGGGUUAGGGUUCGUAGAUACCACAAGUCCUGAUC